CGACAGCCUAGGGCAUUUAUACUGGCACGCUAAUGGCACAGCGCUCAAAGCCCAACUGCCGCCUCAAUCGUCACAUCUUCGCGCUGGAAAUCGCCGUCCAUGUGGCCCUCUGGAGUCGGUAACAGACUGCCCUGUCCCCGGGAAUCCGCGCUCCGCAGGGCGGCCCUCAGUGGCAACGUCCUCGCUCUCCCCCCGUACCAUGUACCAACGGGCAGGAGCGUUCGGGUCUUCAUCAGCGCCAACCCCGACGACACAGAGGCAGAGAGGAAUGCUCUGAAGGAGCACGUCUAUCCCAAAUUACGCGACUUCUGCCGGGAGAACUAUGGCAUUGAAUUCCAGGUGGUGGACCUGUACUGGGGAAUAGACCAGGAGGAGUGGGACAGCCCCGAUCUUCAGCGGCUGAGGAUGAAGCUGCUGGAGGAGUGCCUGAAGACCUCCGCAGGUCCAUGUUUUGUUGGACUCGUUGGGGAGAAGUACGGGAGCAUCCGUGUGCCGGGCGAGGUGGAGUCGGCGGAGUUCGAGAUGAUCCUGGACGCGGCGGUGGAGGCGGGGCUAGAUACGCGCAUCCUAGAAGAAUGGUACUGCAGGGACGAGAACGCCGUGCCGCCCGCCUACUACCUCAAACCAAAAUCGCAGAUGCUGAAGAACUACCACAACUCGAUGGAGUCCGGCAACACCAAGUCCAAGAGUGACACGGCCUGGAGGAACGUGUCCGAGGAGAUAAAGCGGACCUUCAGGACGGCAGUGCUGCAUCUGCAGGAGAAAGGCACCAUGAAGAGCAGCCAGGCCAAGAAAUUCCUCUGCUCGGCCCUCGAAGAUGAGCUGGACUUCGCCCUGGGCAAGCAGACCCCCGCCUUCCUGAAGAAGUGCGUGUGCUACAUCCGCAAGAUCUCCAACUUCGACCGGCACGCCAAAAUCCCGGAGAUGGCACGCUACAUGGACAUCGUGGUGAGUGGCGACCGCGUCAUGCGCAACCAGGAGGCCUACGAACGCCUGCUGAAGAUCCGCGACGAGUUCAUCCCCACCAUCGUGGCCUCCUCCAACCUGCGUGUCUACUCCUCCGUCACCCACUGCGACAUGAAGCUGGGCUACUCCCAGGAGGUGGAGAGCCACUAUGUGGAGGGCCUCUGCAAGCAGUUUUACGAGGACAUGGUGGACAUCAUCCAGGCCACCGUCCAGCAGAACUUCGACACCGAGACCGACCCGCUCUACGACGAGAUCCUGCAGCACCUGUCCCUCUGCAAGACCUACUCCUCCUUCUACCAGUACAAGUGCGAGGCCUUGGGCCUGAUCCACAGGUACAUCCUGCCCAGCAAAGGGGGGAGAAUCAGCCCCCUGGUGGUGUACGGAGGACCCUGCACGGGGAAAACGCUGCUGAUCGCUGAGGUGGCGAAGCAGGCCUACAGCUGGCUCCAGAAGGAGUUGGGGCCGGAGACGGACCCGGUGGUCAUCGUGCGGUUCAUCGGCGCGACGGAGUUCUCCACCGACCUGCGCACUCUUCUGCAGAGCAUCUGCGAGCAGAUCGCCAUCAACUACCGCUGCCUGAUCCACUUCCUGCCCCACAAGAUCCAGGAGAUGCGGGAGCUGCUGGUCAACCUGCUGGGCGAGUCGUCCUUCCAGCGGCCCCUGGUCAUCGUGCUGGACGCCCUGGAGCAGCUGUCCGAGGGCGAGGAGGCACGUAAGCUGUGGUGGCUGCCGGUGCACCUGCCCCGCACGGUGCGCAUCGUGGUCUCCACCCUGCCCAACAAGCACGGCAUCCUGCAGAAGCUCCGCUGCCUCAUCCACGAGGAAAGCCGCUACGUGGAGCUGACGCAGCGCGACCGCAAGAUGUGCAGCCAGACGCUCAAGCACCAGCUGCUGGCCGUCAAGCGCAAGGUCACCUCGGGCCAGCAGAUCUACGUCAACGAGGCGCUGGCCAAGUGCACGCUUCCCAUGUUCGUCAACCUCAUCUCCCGGGAGGUGCUGCACUGGCGGUCACACAAGGACGUGGACGACACGUCGCUGUGCUCCACGGUGCACGAGAGCAUCGAGCAGCUCUUCUUCUCCAUCGAGAACAAGCUGGGCUCCAGGUUCGUGUUCCGGGCGCUGGGCUACAUCACCAUGGCCCGGGCGGGGCUGACGGAGAUGGAGCUGGAGGACAUCCUCUCCCUGGACAACAGCGUCCUGAGUGACAUCAUGGUGGGCUCCAGGCUGAAGAACCCGCUGAGGAUCUCGUACGACCUCAUCGCCCGGCUGAAGGAGGAGCUGACCGGCUACCUGAUCGAGCGGCAGGUGCGGAACGUGACGCUCAUGGUGUGGGCCAACCGCCACCUGCACCUCAUCGCCCAGAAGCUCUACCUCAGCAACGAGGAGGACGUGCACCAGAUGCACAGUCUCCUGGCUGAGUACUUCCUGGGGGCCUGGUCUGGCGGGAGGAAGAAGAUAUUCCACUGCGACAACAAUCACUUCGCCUCCCUGACCAUCUCCCACCACAGAAACCCCCACCACCACCAUAGCGACAAGGCCAGCACUGACAAGCACUCCUACGACAGGCAGACCCCCGAGCAGCCCUGGGUGUUCCAGUGCAACCUGCUGGAGCCCGACAUCUUCUUCGUCAACCACAGGAAGAUGACGGAGCUGCUGUACCACCUGACACGCAGCGGCAGGACGGACGACCUCAUGUACGGGGUCAUCAUGAACUUCAGCUGGCUCUACACCAUGAUCAAGAUCGGCCAGUUCGACAAGGCCCUGGCGGACAUCGACCUGGCCUACAGCUACUCGCAGGAGAAGGAGCUCAAGUUCCUGGCCACCACUCUGCGCAGCAUCAAGGCGAAGGUGAUGCGCAACCCGGCCUCGCUGUCCGCCGAGCUGCAGCAGAGGCUGCUGCCCGUGGUCACCUCCCUGCCCAAGCUCCGCCACCUCCUUCUGGAGUGCGACAAGGACGGGCCCAAGUACUGCUCCAUCGUGCCCCUCCACUCCUCCAUGGACGUCAUCUACAGCCCUGAGCGGCUGCCCCUGUGCUCCAGCUACAUGCAGAUCGUGGAGAUCCUGCCCACCUUUGCCCCCAACAUCAUCAUCGUCGCCCUGGAGGACGGCACCGUCAGCACCUGGGACGUGGAAAGCCGGCAGCUCCUGAGGCAAAUCGACACAGCUCGCUCGGUUGUUCUGGGGAUCCGGCUCACCAGCGACGAGAAGUAUCUGGUGGUGGCCACCACCAAGAACACGCUGCUGAUCUACGACAACCACAAGUCUUGCCUUCUGUCUGAGGUGGAGAUCAAGGGCUCCAAGCACUGCGGCAUCACGGGGGGCGUAGCCUUCAUCAACGGCUUCACCCUGUCCAGCCACCACGCCCUGGCGUGGCUGGAGGCCAGCAAGGAUGUCAACGUCAUCGACCUGCUCUACGGCUGGCCCCUCUAUCAGUUCCACUGCUGGUAUGAGGUCACCUGCGUCCAGUGCUCCCCAGACGGGCUGUACGCCUUUUGCGGGCAGUACCUCAACACCACCUCCAUCUUCCACCUGGGGAAUGGGGACAAGCUGGCCACCGUCACCUCCGAGUUCUCGGGGGGUUUCGUGAAGUCGCUGCUGGUCCUGGACACCAUCCACCAGAUGGUGAUGAUCGACAAUGAAGGGAGUCUGUCGGUGUGGAACACCAAGGAGAUCACCAACCCCCGCAUCAUCGAGGACUAUGACUGCCGGGGGGACGAGAGCGAGGUGAUCGGCAUCGAGCUGUCCGAAGACCAGCGCUCCAUCCUUAUCUGCAAGGCCAGGAGCAUCGAGGUGCUGGACACCAGGCUAUGGAAGAUGGUGGAGAAGUUCAAGGCCAAGCGCAGCGAGCGCUUCGUGGCCGCCGUCCUCUCCAAGAACGGCCAGAGCAUCGUGGCCUCCAUGGAGAACACCUCAUCCAUUUUUGUGUGGCGGAGGGACAGCGGCCAGUGCAUGGCCAGUCUGGUGGAGAUCUCAGGGGCCAUUGUCAAGCUCAUCAAGUCCACCCACCACAACCUGCUGCUGUCGGUGGCCAGCAGCGGUGUUCUCUCCGUGUGGGACAUUGACAUCAUCACUGCCAUGUCGAACAUCGACAAAACCGGGCGGCGGAUCCAGAGCCUGCAGCUGUCCGGCAGGGAGGACUUCGUCUUCACCAUGGACGGCUCCGAGUCCGUGCACAAGUGGAACUUCAGCACGGGCUUCAUCGAGACCGUCUUUAAGCACGAGGGCAUCGUGGAGAACUGCGUGCUGACGUCCUCCGGGGACCUGAUGGUCACCUCGGAUGACAAGUGUAGCCAGUACAUCUGGCACACCACGACGGGAGAGAACAUCUUCCGCAUCAAUGGCCAAAGGAUAUCCCAGCUCCUGAUCACACACAACGAUCAGUUUGUGGUCUCCCUCUGCGAACAGAACGCCUCCAGGGUCUGGAGGCUGGCCACCGGGCACAAAGUGUGCAACAUCCUGGUGGCUCUGCAGAACGCCCUGAUCACCACCGCCAACACCUUCCUGGUGGGAACAACGAAAAACAAGCUGCUGGCGGUGAGCCUGUGGUCAGGCAGCGUGUCGAAGAAGUUCGUCUGCGACGACGGCAUCACCAUCGUCAACUUCAAGCUCAUCCCGGACUGCCCUGAUUACGUGGUCUUCAUCACCUCCACGGAGACGGUCUUCAUCUGGAGCGUCGCAGACGAGUCCAUCUGCCGGCGGGUGCAGCUGCCCAGCAACUUCCUGAAGAACCUGGAGGACUUCCAGAUCUCGCCCAACGGCAAGCUGGGCAUCGUCUCGAAGGGCGACGAGAACAUCAAUGUGCUGGACCUUCACAGCGGGAAGCUCCGGAUCGUCCACGCGGCUGGGAUCAUCUGGCGGCAGAAGCUGUCCCGCGACGGCCGCUACCUGGUCUACAUCUGCUUCCGGAACUGCGAGGAGGACGACGACGCCGGCGUGGUGUCCAGCCUGAUCGUCAUGCGGUUGGCGGACGGGAAGAGCAUCGGGACCUGCUCGCUGUACAAGACGCCCACCUUCCUGUGCCUGUCCCAGAGGGCCCUCAACAUCAUCAUCGGCUUCGAGGACGGCAGCAUCGGCACCUACACGGUGGUGGACCGGGUGGAUGCCGCGCUAAAGAUAAAGAUUGCCACCUCCAACAGCCGCCAGAUCGUCAACAACGCCUCGCAGAAGGUCCGGCCCAAGUGCGGCACCUUCGCCUUCAAGACCAUCGCCGACUGCGUGUGGAGGGAGUCCACCGAGGUCUUCUCCAGGGACAGCCCCAUCAACGUGUCCGACUCGGGCGAGGCGGAUACCACCACGCCCACGAAGAAGACCGAACCCCUGCAGUGAGAGUUUGGCGGCUUUUCAGCUGCCCACUUCCUGUUUACAGCCCCACUCGCGAUGCAGCUGCUGAUUACCGCGAUUUGCCGUGACGCUGGCCACGCACUGACCGGACUUGGAGUUUGAUUUCCGCUGCAGCUGAAGGCUUCUCGGUCAAACGGCCGCUCGAUCCUAGCCGGCUUUCCUUCUGAUUGAUCGGAAAUUUUGAGUAUCA